UCAAACGUAACCACAUUUCUAGGCUGGUGUCUGCUCUUUCGCUCAAAACCUUCAUUUCUUGACACCUCUGAGACGAUGCACCUGUAUAUGAUCCUCUGUGGAGUCUUUUACCUGUCGGCGGUGAUCCAGUCGGCUGCAGUCAAGCAGGUCACUGGGGUUGUAUCUGCCAGUGUUGGGGACAAUGUGACUUUACAUUGCUUUCACGGCGGCAGCCAAGUGGCGAUGCACUUCUCCUGGUACCGACAAGCCUUAGGAGGUGGACCUGAGCUGCUGUCUAUCGUUUACAAGUUUGAUGAACCAUCUAAAGUGUACACCUGGAUGGAAAAGUACCCCCGGUUCUCCGUGCAAAGGAAGAUAGGGGUGAAUCAUUUACACAUCUCUGACCUCCACGUCUCAGAUUCAGCCACAUACUUAUGUGGAAGCUCACACUCCAACAUAGUGGAAUUUGGAGAGGGGGUCUUUCUAAGCGUCAAAGGAACCAACCUCAAAAAAAUCGUCCAGAGGCCGGUAUCUGAGACCAUCCAGCCAGGAGGCUCUGUGACUCUCAACUGCACCGUACACACUGGGACCUGUGAUGGAGAACACAGUGUUUACUGGUUCCGACACGGAUCUCGCCAAGGGAUCCUUCACGCACACGGGGAUCGGUGCAAACGCGUCCCCAUGCCGCCGGGUUCUCCUUCCCAGAGCUGCGUGUACCAUUUGCAGAAGAUGAACCUGAGCUCCUCUGAUGCUGGAACCUACUACUGUGCCGUGGCCUCCUGCGGGGAGGUGCUGCUCGGUGACGGAAGCAAGCUGCUCGUCCACGGUGAUGGUGCAGACCAAGAGGCACAGAUGAAAAUCUUCGUCUGGCUCUCCAUCAUUAGAGCUGGGAUCGUCUUGUUCUUUGUAACUAUUUGUUCCUCGGUUUAUAUCAGUAAGCGGAGGUGAAGUCAGAGUUUGGCACAACAUGUUCAUGAAUCUCUGUUACAGUAUGUAUGUUAGAUACACAUUGUUUGAUAUUGUUUGGCUGUAUUACACUUUUCUUAAUAAAAGCAACUGU